AAAGCCCACCAUUUCUUUCCCUCUCCAUAUAUUUGUAUUUUGUACAGGAGGUGAGAAUGGAGAUAGUCUCAACUACAAAAAAAACUUGAAGGGAAUUGGUGAAUCUAAUUAUUAGAAAAUGGGGAUGCAGGUCCCUGCUAAAUGUUGUAUCACGCCAACACUGCCGAUACCAUCAAUGUCAACGUCUCUGCUCUUCUUUCCCUCAUCGCUUUCUCCGUUGCUUGAAAUCAAGAAGACCACAUUUGAGAGAUCUAUUAGGUUGAGUUGUCGUAGAGAAAGGAAGAGAAAACAUGGGAUUGUGGCAUCAAGCAACGUGGCCGCACCCUUCUGGGAUGCUUGGAAGCCAGAGAAGAUUUCUUCUGUACCUUCUUUCAGCGACAUCAUCUGGCCCUCUGCAGGUGCAUUUGCAGCAAUGGCAAUAUUCGGAAAGAUGGACCAAAUACUGGCGCCAAAAGGAAUUUCCAUGACAAUUGCUCCCUUAGGAGCUGUUUCUGCCGUCCUCCUCGCCAGUCCUUCCUCCCCUGCUGCUCGGAAAUACAAUAUGUUCAUGGCCCAGGUUGGCUGUGCAGCCAUUGGCGUUCUGGCCUUCUCAAUAUUUGGUCCCGGUUGGCUUGCUAGGAGUGCUGCCCUUGCUGCUUCAUUAGCUUUCAUGAUCUACACGCGUGCUACGCACCCUCCUGCUGCAAGCUUGCCACUUCUGUUCAUCGAUGGAGUUAAGCUUCACCACUUGAAUCUUUGGUAUGCUUUGUUCCCUGGUGCUACUGGAUGCAUUAUCCUUUGUUUGAUUCAAGAGAUUGUGUGUUACUUAAAGGACAACAUCAAAUUUUAAUCGAUAAACCAAUGCCAUUUGCUAAAUUCAUUGAACGGUGUGCUGUCCAUGGACUAAUUUUGAAGAGCAUAAUAGUGAAAUAAUCUUGCCAGCAUUAUCACUUCUGAGGAGAAAACAUUUUCGUCACAGAUAGCUCACGAACAGUCAAAAGUUAAGCUUGAUUCUCAAUUCAGCAUUUUUACCGUUCUGUUGUUGUAUGAUCUUGUAAUGAUUAUUGCUUGGUCUAUCAUCAAGGUUGAGAAGGUUAGAGAUCACAAGAGUGUGUUUGCUCUUUCUUGAAGAACAAUGACUAAGACUUCCAGUGUAGGACAACGGUGGAA